AAACGUUUAAAAAUCAUGAACUUAUUCCAUUCAUCGGCACCUGGUCCGACCACCAACUCCUAUCCCAUUCCCGGCGACUCUUUCUCCGGCUCCGCAACUCAAUCUCUCGCCGGAAAAAUCCAGACGAGCCGUGCCGCCGCAUAAUCAAUACUUUCACCUCAUCGCCGCCGCCUCUUCAACCUCACUGUACUCGCACAUCAUGCUUCUGCAUUUCAAAGCAUUUCUAACCUCAUCAUUCUCACACAGAAGAAUCUCCAGGCAAAUGUGUUCGGUGCGAACACUGUGUUCGCUCCGAGAGGAUUCAGAAAUGAAAGAUUUAGUUGAUUACAUUGAUUCAUUGAAGAAUUACGAGAAAUCUGGUGUUCCUACUGGAGCAGGCACUGAUUCGAAUGAUGGAUUUGAUCUCGGUAGAAUGCGACGGUUAUUGGAUCGGUUUGGUAAUCCUCACUCCAAAUUCAAGGCCGUUCAUAUUGCUGGGACAAAGGGAAAAGGAUCAACGGCUGCUUUUAUAUCUAAUAUUCUGAGGACUGAAGGUUAUUCUGUUGGUUGUUAUACUAGUCCACAUAUUCAGACUAUCAGGGAACGCAUUCUGCUAGGAAGAUCUGGUGAUCCUGUUUCAGCGAAAUUGUUGAACAACCUUUUUCAUAAGAUCAAGCAGGAUCUCGACCAAGCAAUUAAAGAGGAAAAUGGUUGCAUAAGCCAUUUUGAGGUUUUCACUGCCAUGGCAUUCAUCUUGUUUGCAGAUGAGAAAGUUGACAUUGCGGUUAUUGAGGCUGGGUUAGGAGGUGCAAGAGAUGCGACGAAUAUUAUCUCAAGCUCUGGACUUGCUGCAGCAGUCAUAACGACUGUAGGGGAGGAACACUUGGCAGCUCUUGGGGGUUCGUUGGAAACUAUUGCAAUGGCAAAGGCUGGAAUUAUAAAACAAGAUCCAUUUUUUUUUGGUGAACAAGUUCCAUCCAAUUCUUAUGUACACAAAAGUAGCAGUUUUUGUUCUAAAGGGGAGCCAAUAAUAAUCAAUUUGGUGUUAGGUGGGCCGUUUCUUCCUCAUAUUGAGCACAUUAUUCGAGAAAAAGCAGUGAGCAUGGAUUCCCCUGUGGUAUCGGCAUCUGAGUCUGGGAAUAACUUAGCAGUAAAAAGUUUCAGCAUACUCGAUGGCAAGCCUUGUCAAAUUUGUGAUAUAGAAAUACAAAUUGUCAAAGACUUGAAACUGUCCUGUAAGUUGCAUGAUUUGAAGCUGCAAAUGCCUGGUGCUCACCAACUUCAAAAUGCAGCAACUGCUACUUGUGUGGCACUCUGUCUUCGUAAUUUAGGAUGGAGAAUUUCUGAUGAAUCUAUAAGGUGUGGGUUAGAGCGUACAUACCUGCUUGGAAGGAGUCAGCUCCUAAAAUCUGAAGAAGCCAAGGCCUUGGGACUUUCUGGAGCAACAAUACUGCUUGAUGGAGCCCACACCAAGGAAUCUGCCAAAGCACUGAUGAAUACAAUAAGGAUGGCGUUUCCCAAGGCUCAAUUAGCUUUUGUUGUUGCAAUGGCGUCUGACAAAGACCAUGCAGGUUUUGCUAGAGAGAUUCUCUCAGGUGCAUAUGUGAAGACUGUUAUUUUGACUGAAGCUGCUGUUGCUGGAGCUGUAACUCGAACAACACCAGCUUCUUUGUUGAGAGAUUCUUGGAUUAAAGCUUCUGAAGUGCUUGGCAUUGACAUUUGUCAUGAUGGAAUGACAGAAUACAGAGAAUUAUUUAAGGAACAGCCAGUAAGCUCAGAAAGCAAUUUGACUGACGGUAAGACCAUAUUGGCUACUGAGUCUUCUUUAAAGGAUUGCUUGAGAAUUGCAAAUGAGAUUCUAAACAGAAGAAGAGAUGAAAAGGGUGUUAUUGUCAUCACUGGAUCACUGCAUAUUGUAUCCUCAGUCUUAGCUUCUCUUGGUGAUUAAUAUGCUUUUACAUAGUGUAUGAUCCACCAUUCAAUAGCAAUGUACUUAUUAAGUCUAGAAUGGAUAUUUUAUAUAUUUAAUAGGAGCAGCAUGAGGCUUAUCUUGUAUUUGAUUAGAUCAAACCAAUGUUUUGUACAAUUGGAUCGGAAAUUAUAUAUGUAUACGUAUCAUCGGAAAUCAGGUUAGGCGGCAUUUAGGGAAAAUAAUCUCUACACUUUCAAGCCCCACUCUCCUUACGGCGCCGCUCUGCUAAGGUUUAUCCCUAUUAUGUUCCAACCGUAUAGUGUCAUAAUCAUCCCUUGUUGGUGCCUAUUCUUCCCUUGUGUGACUGCCUUCUUUCUCUUUUGUUUUGCUCGUUGAUUUGUAGCUUGGCAUCAAUGAGAUGUCUUAUUUUGUCGGUACUGUAUUUUAUUUUGAGUAAGGAACUUAUUGUGGUUAUGACCAAAUUCAACAUUCUUUCGGUCUUACAGAAAACUUGUCAACAUGUGGUUGAUUUGGUCAUUUCAAAGACCACCUAUAAUCGAAAUGGACAAACAUCUACAACAA